AUGAUUAUUCAAAGACUUAUUGGAAGCGCUCUGGUGUUACGUAUAGCAAAUUUGUUGGGUACGGGCGUUAUGGCUUGUAAUAAUGCUACCAAAUGUGGCAAUAUUAAUUAUUUGUCCCAAGAAAAUGCUGCGGCACUUGACCAGGAUUUAUUUACGGAAUAUAAAUUUAGUGUUGAUCAAUUGAUGGAACUUGCUGGGUUGAGUGUAGCUACUGCUGUCGCGAAAGUAUAUCCAUCAUCAACGUAUAAAUCAGCUCUUGUUGUAUGUGGUCCUGGGAACAAUGGUGGUGAUGGCUUAGUGGCAGCACGACACAUGACUUUAUUUGGAUACAAAGUAGCUAUAUACUACCCUAAGCGCACACCAAAGCCCUUGUAUGAAAAUCUUCUGUUACAAUGUGAAAAGUUUGGUGUAACUGUCUUGCAAUCAUUACCACCUACGGAUGAAGUGAAGAAUGAAUACAAAGUGCUUGUUGAUGCACUAUUUGGUUUUAGUUUUAAGCCUCCAGUUAGAGAAACAUUGAAACCAGCUCUUGAUGUUUUGAUUGACUCAGGGUUGCCAGUUUGCAGUGUGGACAUCCCCAGCGGUUGGGAUGUUGAAAAAGGACCACAGUCUGAAAAUUCUCUUCAGCCGAACCUUCUGAUCUCAUUAUCAGCUCCAAAACUCUGUGCUAAACCUGAAAUAUUAAGUAAACUUAAUUGCAAACAUUAUUUGGGUGGUCGGUUCUUGCCUCCCGGUAUCAUAGAGAAAUACAAUUUAACAUUACCACCAUAUCCGGGCCAAGAUCAAGUUGUUGAAAUAUAA